AUGGCGGCUACCGAACAUUCUGGUAACAGCCUUAUGAGCCAAUACUCUAUCGUUUUACCGAAAAGGCAGGCAACUGACUCUUCCGGCAAACCUAUACCUGCAUGCGACCCCGAUCAAUGUGCUGCGGCAAUAAAGGGGGAGGGAGUCCCCGUUGAUCUAAGCUCGUUUUGGCAUCGGAGAGCAGUCAUUCGUGGGAUUCGUGAUUCACUUCAAUUUGCAACAAGCCCGGCAAUUAUUGAGCUAUGCUCCCGCGACGAUGGUCAGGCCCAUCAAUUUUCCCGCGCCCACAAUGCUCGCCUGAUAAUGAGUGAUAUAAUCCCCGAUAUGCAAAAUCCUGCCACUCAGCCGUACUGUAUAUGGUAUCCCGAGCUUGCAUCAGAAGAAACAUAUCGCAAAGUUGCCCGUCAGUAUCUGUCUAUGCGGUAUCAAGUAGGCCGAGCGUGUGCUGCAGCAUGCUAUACAGAUCUUUACAAAGAAUUGGACCUUUUGCCUGACGUUUCUAUUGCGGAAGAAUCCCGCGAAGUUGACAAAGACGCCGAAAUCUACAAGAUUAUCAUGUCCGCCCUCCAACGAUAUGUUGUCAUGGAAGAUUUCUCUCGAUCCGUUCAUCUUGAAACCCCACGAACACCUGCGUUUCUGAAUGGCGAUAUGAAGCCCCGAUGGGCUUUGGGGCAGCGAGUUCACCCUGGUAAAAAUUUACCAGAGACGACUGCUGAUGAUAUUGACAUCGAGGAAGAUGGAUUUAUCGGCUUGCAAGAUAUCAGCUUGAAGGAUAUCAGCGGAGUGGAGGACUACGCUAAACUGGGCCCAGGCCAGUCCAGUCAAUUGUGGAUGCCUCUUCCGCCUGAUCUCCCAGUUCUCAAAAAGAGCCUUCAGACACAGAUGGCCGCGUGGGAGGGCAAUGUGGAUCGAUACAGUCGACUAAUGCACCCACGCAGGCUGAGAACCAAAAUUGAAUACAAUUGUGGUCUUCGUGGCAUUUAUCACAGUACAACCUUCGUCAGAUGGUGGGCCUAUCAGCUGGAAACAAACCCUGAACGGGCUAUCCUCCCAGGUAAAUUGCUUGGCCAAGACAAUGAACGGGAGUGCAGAGAGAUUCGCACUGCGAUUAAUGCCCGCAUGAUAAUGAACAAUGAUAUCUCUGGUAUCGACGAUGACUCGGACUGCCUCCCGUGGGUUAUAUGGGGGCCCGUGAAGCCCUCUGAGAAAACUUUAACUGAUCUGGUUCGAAAGUGUCCGUCCAUGGGACACCAAAUUGCGAUCACUUGUAUAAUAUGUGAUUACGAGUCGAUAUUCCGAAGUUUGAAGCCCCCCCUAGACCAAAUCCUUGAAAUCAUGAAGGAGCACGACAUUACCCCCCCCCCCCCGGACUUUCACGACUUCAAGGACUUUAAUUACACUGCACCAGGCUUACAGACUGAUCUGGAGCCUAGAGAUACUCUCACUGAUCACACUGUCAGCUACUAUGACAUGGAGAUCGGAUAUGGACAAUAUCCCUGUGGAAGUGAACACGAAGAAACUCCAGAAGUCAAAAGAUGA